GCUCUCACGAACCUUGUACGGGGAGGCGAAACUUCCGCCCACUUGAUCUGAGGCCUGAAUCUCGACUCGCCAACUUUCGAGAAGGGAGCACAGGCUACUACGUAGCAGCACUGAAAAAGAAACUGGUGUGCGUGGACUACGCGCAACUAGCUAACGUAGGAGGCAGCUAACUAAACAACCUCAAACUCAUCAUGGCUUCAUCUCAAGCCGUCCAGAGCGAUGGGCUCUAUUACAUCUAUGCCAGCUCAUCAGAGCAGGUUCCAAGCGACGACGUUAGCGUGCUCGACGAGGGGAGCCCUGUAGAUACGUUUGUGGCUACCCUCAACGACGGCAAAUUCAUUAUCCUGUCUAGCAAGCCGGGCCCAACGGCCAGCUUUGACGACAGUGACGAGACGAAGAAGUGGUUUCAGCAACUUGACUCCACAGCUACAGGCUCGGUAACGCUUGAUUCGACUUUGAAAGACAUCGAAAGCUUCGAAUUGCAGUUCACGCAGCCAUGGCCGCUGGUAUUCAGCUCGGCGAGCGACGUGCUUCUAUUCACAUUUGGUCCGCCGGCAGAUGGAUCAAAUUCAUCCAGGAUUCCUCCACCUGGAGUCAACGCAGCAGGGGACAUGUUGACGCUCGGUCUCGACUUUAGCAAAAUAGACGAUAUCCCCAGCGUCAAAGUCAGUGACCUAUUUACGCAUGCCGGAAUCGAAGGCAUGGUGGAUUACGUGCCGAGCGAGCUUUUAGACGUGACUGCAACGCUCACAGCUCCUGGGCAAGGGGAUCCGAAGCGCAACGCCCUCUGGUAUACCCCCUCUUCGUACAAGCAAGCCGUGAUGCGCCUACAGUUCCAGGUACCCGAUAUCGACCCACUGCAAAUUAUUCUCGGUGGAAUUCUCAAUGGAUUCACCCUUACCAGCGCCGAUCUCAUCUUCAACAAGGAUAUGCUUUUGGCAGAAACCGAGUCAGGACCGGAACCUAUCUUCAGGGGGUCUCUUGCCUUUGACAUCGGGUGCUCCCUCAAAGGCAGCGGCGCAGAUGACCCUGUAGUUUCUACCGGCGCAGGAAUUACUGCCGCAGCUAUCGAGCUUAGCGAAGAUUACAUGAUUCUCACGUUCCUAUUUCAGUCUCAGGAUCCCCUGAAGGGUAUCGUUAAGUGGCUCGGAUCAUUGAUCGACGAUUCGCUAGACUCACUCCUCGACAUCCUGACUAAAGACAAUAUAUUUUCCGGCAUCAACUUGCGCAGGAUGAUCGUCAGUCUGGAUACUAAAGAUCCGAAUAAACGGAAGCUAUCGUCCUUCUCUUUUGAUAUCGAAGUCUCGGCCAACUUUGGUACGAGCGACUCCGGAUUGAAGCCAGUAUUUCUCAUUUCGUAUAAUUGGAACAAUCUCGCAGGCGGAGUCGGUCAGCUGGCGGGUAGGCUGUGGAAUGACUUUGACUUCUCGCCGGACAAAGAUUUGUUGCCGCAGAUGGAGAAAUGGUCUGAUCUACAACCAUUGACGAAAUCCCCGGCAGACUCCAUCGAUAUUGCGACUUUAAUUCCUGGACAGACGGUGGACAGUAUCCCCGACACGCUGCCUUCAGACAUAACAUUUGCAUACAUCGCGCUAACGCAAGAUUCUUUCAAUAUCCGCUGCUCCAUCACGGCUAAUCCUCCGCCCCCUGAUUCCACACCUCAGCCAUAUCUGGGCGAGGUGACGCUUGAAGGCUCUUUCACUUGGGGUAAAAGCAGCGCCUUCACGCUAAGCGUCUACAUAAAUGCUGCCAUCGAACCAAGCGAGGGAGCAUCAGAUACCGCUCUACCGGCCAUCCUUCAGGGGUCGUUGGAUUACGACUCAGCUACCAAGGCCUGGGAUCUGAAAGCUUCGUUGACCGGGCUUGACGCCUCAACGUUGGCCGAGUUUUUCGACGAUGAAUCCAAAGCUCACGUCGGGCCCCUCAUAAGCUCCAUUUCAAUAGACACCCUGGCCGUCGAGUACAAGUAUGCAAAGACAAGCGACGGAAAGUCGGCGAGCAGCGAGUUUACCAUCGCAGGCAACUUGCUGAUCGCUGGCCUGAGCCUAACGCUCAAUUUUGUAUACAAAGACGGCAGUUUCACCUUCUCGGCCGCGGUGAACCCGGAAGAUAAAACGGCGAAGGUCGGGGACGUGCUUGCGGGCAUCGUAGGCUCCGAUUUCGAGCUUCCUGAUUUUGUCUACAACACUCAACUCGUCGCCGACAAUGAGGACGUCUUCAGGAUCGACGUGGUGAAGAUCAAAACCCCAGCCGCCAACAACGCGGCGGCGGCCGAUCAGGUCUCACUUUUCUUCUUCGCCGAGCUCAACUUCGCCAACGUUCACAUCGACUUUGCUCAGAUGCACAACACGACCUGGGGCCCUAAUACGCCGUCUAAGCGGCUGUUCAAGGUCGCCAUCGGCGGUUUCGCCAAGGUGCAGGUCGAAUUGCCGCUUAUCGGCACGCUGGAGCAGCCUCUCGACGAGCUGUACUUCCUCUGGGUACAGGAUCCGCCACAGCAGGGCGCCGCGCCGGGCAAGGGGACGGGACUGACGCGCUUGGACCGCGACGAGCUUAACAACGCCCUGCAGACCGCGGGUCAGGAUACGAUUCUCGUCAAUGAUAAGAUCAAGCCGGAGGCACAAACACCAAAGGAUCUGCUGCUCGCAUCCGGGUGCCACUUCGGUAUCAUCAUACGCAAUUCCACAGGCGUGCGCACGUGUCUGCUCGACUACGAAUUUAUGAAGCAGUCGACAUCCGGUAAGAAUGCACUCGCGGAGGGUGAGGCUGACGACGGCUCUCCAAGUGCCCAGGCGCCAUAUAAGAAGAAUACCGGCCCGUUGGCAAUCAGUAACGUCGGUCUCAAGUAUAAAGACAAGAUGCUGGCCGUCAUGUUUGACGCCACCUUCCAGCUCGGUCCGUUGGGCUUCUCGCUAAUCGGGUUCUCUCUCGGCUUUGCCUUCACAUCGCUAGACGGAUUCCCUAAGAUUACACCCGUCAUCAUGGGCCUAGCAGCGUCGUUCGACCAACCGCCACUAUCCAUCAGCGGCGUCAUCCGACAUGGCAACGAGGGAGGUCUCGACUACUACGCCGGCGGCCUGACCGUCGGCUGGAAGAUAUACCAGUUCGAGGCGGCUGGCUUCUACGGCAUAGUAACGCCGGCGGGCAGCUCCAGCAGCUUCCAGAGCGUGUUCAUCUUCGCUAAGCUCAACGGCCCGCUCGUGACACUCGAGUUCGCCGAGAUCAACUCCAUCUGCGGCGGCUUCGGCUACAACAGCAGCGUUCGCCUGCCGACGAUCGACCAGGUCUACGACUUCCCCUUUAUCGCCAGUUCCCAGCUGAGCGGCAGCGGAAAUGCGAUGGACGCGCUGCAGAAGCUCGUGGACCCGGGCGCGGGCGGCUGGUUCAAACCGCUCGACAAGACGUAUUGGCUUGCUGUUGGCAUGGGCGUAGGGGCAUUCCAAAUGAUAAACAUCGAUGCUGUCGUGGUGGUCCAGUUUGGGAACGCCGUGAAACUCGGUAUCUUCGCCGUAGCCACGGCCGACGUCCCUACGCCUGCUUCAAGCUGGAAGAUAGCCCACGUCGAGCUAGGCAUAUCGGCCGUUGCCGACUUUGACUAUGGAACCCUCAAGAUAGACGCCCAGCUGUCUCCGCGUUCCUAUAUCCUCGACCCUAACUGCCACCUCACUGGAGGAUUUGGCUUAUACUACUGGUUCGACGCGCCGCACGCGGAUCAAUCGUCCGUCGGUCAGUACGUCUUCACCCUCGGCGGCUACCACCAAGCAUUCAACUUGCCUGUCGGCUUUCCGAACCCACCUCGCUUGGGUAUCAGCUGGAAUCUCGGCGGCGGGCUCACCGUGUCGGGUCAAGCUUACUUCGCCAUUACGCCUAAGGCCUGUAUGGCCGGAGGGCGUUUACACGCCGCCUUUUCGGCCGGACCGUUGUCGGCCUGGUUCGACGCCUUUGCCGACUUCCUCAUCAACUACAAGCCGUUCUACUUCAACAUGCAGGCAGGCGUCUCCGUCGGCGUCGGAUUCAGCAUCGACAUCUGGUUCAUCCACAUCCGCAUCUCGGUCGAGAUCGGUGCGCAGCUGUACCUCUGGGGCCCGCCGAUUGCCGGCCGCGUGCACGUCGACUUCUGGAUCGUCGGGUUCGACAUCAACUUCGGCAACGACCAAGGCAGCAACGAAACCGUCACCCUCGAACAGUUCUACCAGCUCGUACUACAGGCGGGCACGAACCCAGCACGAUCGGUAGCCCAGGGAGCCAAGCUCGCCGUCGAAGCCGCCGGAGAAGAGCCGGAGCCCCUCGCCUACACGCCGCCCAAGAACGAAGCCCACAAUUUCCUAGCCCAAUCGGGACUCUUGAAUCCCGAAGACAAUCCCGAGCGCGACCAGACGGUGCCGUGGAUCGUGCGCGCCGGCUCCUUUUCCUUCGUCGUGGACUGCAAAAUGCCAAUCAAUGCCGUCAAGGACGACCCCAACGGGGAUAACAUUCUUACGCACGACGAGAUCUUCGCCAAGCCGAUGAAACUAACACAAACACUAACUUCUACCAUCACCAUAGUGGUCCAGCAAGACGGCGAGGGCGAGCCGGAUGAGGGAUGGAAGUACGAUAAGUACCUUAACCGCCUGCCUCGUGGCCUGUGGGCGAAGUACGACCCAUCUACCGAUCCCCGCACCAGCGGCAACAACAUCCGCGACCUCCUGAACAACGACGAAGGAGCUAUGACCCUGAUGUCCGGGGUCUUGAUCAGCGCGCCCAAGCCGACGAUGGCGCCCGACCCUCUCCCCGCGUACCAGGUGGCCGACGCGGAUCUGCAGCGCCUCUUCUCCUCGAAGCCGUUCCCGACCAUCGCCACGGCCAACGACGCCUGGGCGCCCGACAAGCCGGCCACGGGCGAUCAGGCGGCGGAUCAGUACACCGCGGUGCACGAUGCGUGGACCAAUCCGUCGCUCGGCACGGGCGACGACGGGCAGAGCGGGUUCGUGGGGAAUCUGGCGAGCAGUUUGAAGUGGAAGAUCGCGGACGAUAUGAAGAAGAUGGCGGGAAUUCCGGAGAAGCUGAAGAGUGGGUUCAUGAAUUUGUACGUGGCGGCACCGUUGUUGACAAAGUGA